UUAGUAGAUUUAAACCGCGCAUGGAGGCAAAGUGCUGAGCCGCGUGUUAAGCGAGUAUUGAAAUUCUUUCGAGCGCGGCUUUAUUAAUGUAAUUAAAAAAAAAAGGCGACAGCAUGAAGUUCUCUUUAAAAUUUAACGAAAUAUAUCAAUUGCUGUUGUUUGCGGUGCUAAUUGUAGCGCUAAAUUGGUGCUUCACGUCAACAGAUACUAAUUUUACGCCCCGUAGCAUAGCGCAGAACAACUAUCCCGUGGAAGAGCAUAUAGUACCCACCACUGAUGGCUAUCUACUCAGCAUUUACCGUAUACCAGCAGCGACGAAAGCAAACACAACGCCACCCAAAAAAACGAGUGAAGUCGUGCUCCUGCAGCAUGGCUUUACGCUCUCCUCCGACGUUUGGCUGUUACGCGGUCCUAAGAAUGAUCUGCCAUACCUGCUGGCCGAAGCCGGUUACGACGUUUGGUUGGGCAAUCAUCGCGGCAACGAAUAUGGACGCAAGCACAUAAGCUUGGAUCCGAAAAGGGAUAGACAGCAUUUUUGGAAUUUCACAUGGCAUGAGAUGGGCUACUAUGAUCUGGCGAAUACCAUUGAUUAUAUGCGUGAGGCAACGGGUCAAAAGUCGGUACAUUAUGUGGGUUACUCACAGGGUGGUCUAGUUGCUUUGGUAUUAUUGACGACACGUCCCGAGUAUGCCGAGAAAUUUAAAUCCAUGCAAUUUACAGCGCCCACCGUCUAUAUGGAAAAUAUUAAAGUGCCAUUGCCGACAGCUUGGAUCAGUGGGCUUGGCAAUUAUUUCAGCCGUUUUCUAGAAUGGUGGGGCCAUAGUGAAACACUGCAACAUGCCCGUUGGAAUUUUCACAAGCAAAUGUGUAGCGUACUCUGUGAUGAUGGUGCUUGGCUCAGACCAAUUUAUUUGAAAAUCUUUAGCAUGUUUGGUGGACCCGUGGAUGCCAGCGAGAACUAUGAGCAUAUACUCACCAAGAUGUGUGGCAAUGUGCCGGUGGGCGCCUCGAGCAAGCAAGUGCUACACUAUGUGCAGCAAUACGUCACUGGUGGCUUCAAUCAAUUUGAUUACGGCACUGUGGACAGCAAUAUACGGCAAUAUGGUCAACCCUCUCCGCCGAGUUACAAUGUGAGUUCGGUAAGAAACUGCAUCUCGCUCUAUUACAGUGAAACAGAUUACAUGUGCGCGGCGGAGGAUGUUCGCCGACUUGGUAGAGACCUACAGUGUGCAGAGUUGAACCGAAUGCCUUAUACGGCUUGGAAUCAUGGCGAUUUUGUAUGGUCGCGAUAUGCGCGAAAGGCUCUACACGAACCGAUUAUUGCAAGAAUUAGCAGUUGGAGUGAAGCUGCCGGUGAUCGUGCUGAGGUUAAGAACUGAUAGUGAUUAAAAAAGGUGUGGGCUCGUCAGUUAAGCCGCAUAAAAAUUGAGAAUUUUGAAGAAAAAAAUGUACAUACCUUCAUAUAUAUUGUACAUAAAUGUUUCUCUAUUUGAGAAUUUGACUUUUGUAAAUAAAAUUAUUUGUUUUGUACUAAGUGUUUUUAAA